UGUAACAUGGCGGCCAGUCGUCGAACCCUGGUUCACAAUGACAUUUCUCAGUCGCAUUCUGACCCAGGGAGAGAAUUAUUUGAGGCCUGUAGGAAUGGAGACCUCAAUAAAGUGAAAAAGCUAGUUACUACACAUAAUGUAAACGCAAAAGAUACUGCGGGUAGGAAGUCCUCGCCGCUUCAUUUUGCUGCUGGUUUUGGAAGAAAAGAUGUUGUGGAACAUCUCCUCCAAUGUGGUGCUAAUGUCCAUGCGAGGGAUGAUGGAGGUUUAAUCCCGCUUCACAAUGCAUGUUCGUUCGGGCAUGCUGAGGUAGUGCAGUUGUUGCUACGCCAUGGUGCUGAUGCCAAUGCCAGGGAUAACUGGAACUACACCCCUCUCCAUGAAGCGGCCAUCAAGGGCAAAAUAGACGUCUGCAUUGUUCUACUCCAACAUGGUGCUGACCCUAACAUCAGGAACACAGACGGAAAAACUGCACUUGACCUAGCUGACCCAUCGGCUAAGGCUGUUCUCACUGGUGAAUAUAAGAAAGAUGAGUUGCUAGAAGCCUCGAGGAGUGGCAAUGAAGAAAAGAUGAUGACGUUACUUACACCACUUAAUGUCAACUGUCAUGCGAGUGAUGGGAGAAAGUCGACGCCCUUACACCUAUCCGCAGGAUACAAUCGCACCAAAAUCGUACAACUUUUGCUACAGCAUGGAGCUGAUGUACAUGCCAAGGACAAAGGAGGUCUUGUGCCCUUACACAAUGCUUGCUCCUAUGGACAUUUCGAAGUAACAGAGCUCUUGCUCAAGCACGGUGCCAGCGUCAAUGCCAUGGACCUGUGGCAGUUUACACCAUUGCAUGAAGCAGCCUCCAAGUCCCGCAUUGAAGUUUGCUCUCUCCUACUGGCGCAUGGCGCUGACCCGACCCUCGCCAAUUGCCAUUCUAAAAGUGCUAUCGAUGUGACACCGACGAGGGAACUACAGGAAAGACUACAGUAUGAGUACAAGGGCCACUGUCUUCUUGAGGGGGCAAGACAAGCUGAUCUCGCCAGGCUGAAGAAGCAUCUGUCGUCUGACAUGGUCAACUUCAAACAUCCACUCAAUGGUGACAGUCCACUGCACUGUGCGGUAGCGUCUCCAUUCCCCAAAAGGAAGCAAGUGGCUGAAGCGUUGAUCCGGAAGGGGGCCAACCUGAAUGACAAGAACAAGGAAUUUUUGACACCACUUCAUGUUGCCGCCGACAAAUCCCAUUAUGACGUGAUGGAUGUAUUGCUCAAACAUGGAGUAAAAGUGAAUUCCCUGGAUGGCCUUGGACAGACUGCUCUACACCGCUGUGCUCAACAAGGCAACGUGCAAGCGUGUCGUCUCCUCAUCACCCACGGCAUAGAUACAACCAUCGUCUCUCUCCAAGGAUACACGGCCGCCCAGCUUGCGACGGAUAAUGUCCAAAAGGUGUUGAGGGAGGACCCACCUACUGGUGGCACUGAUGUUGACAUACAGCUUCUGGAAGCAGCCAAGGCAGGCGAUUUGGAAGUCGUGAAGAAACUUAUUUCCUCGCAUCCUGAAGCUGUUAAUUGCCGUGAUCUUGACGGGCGACACUCAACGCCAUUACACUUUGCUGCCGGGUACAACCGAGUGGCAGUUGUUGAGUAUCUCCUGCAGCAUGGAGCAGACGUCCAUGCAAAAGACAAGGGUGGCUUAGUACCGCUGCACAAUGCAUGCUCGUAUGGGCAUAGCCAUGUGGCAGAGUUACUGGUGAAGCACGGUGCCUGUGUCAACGUUGCCGACCUCUGGAAGUUCACACCACUCCAUGAGGCUGCAGCCAAAGGCAAAUUUGAGAUAUGCAAACUCCUCUUGAAGCAUGGCGCUGACCCACACAAGAAGAACCGUGAUGGAAACACGCCGCUGGACUUGGUGAAAGAGGGCGACACUGAUGUCCAGGACCUCCUCCGGGGUGAUGCCGCCUUACUUGAGGCAGCAAAGAAGGGCAAUCUUGCUCGUGUCCAGAAACUUGCUACAACUGAGAAUAUCAACUGUCGCGAUUCUCAAGGAAGGAAUUCGACACCUUUACAUUUAGCAGCUGGCUACAAUAAUGUGGAAGUGGCCGAGUUCCUUUUGGAGAAUGGUGCAGACGUGAAUGCACAAGACAAGGGCGGCUUAAUCCCACUGCACAAUGCGUCAUCAUAUGGGCAUGUGGACAUAGCUGCGUUACUGAUCAAGUUUAACACGUGUGUGAAUGCCGUGGAUCGCUGGGGCUUUACGCCGCUUCAUGAGGCCGCCCAGAAAGGACGCACACAGCUCUGUGCUCUAUUACUUGCCCACGGUGCCGACCCAACCAUGAAGAAUCAGGAAGGCCAGACUCCACUCGAUCUUGCACAGGCCGAGGAUGUUCGUGCUCUGCUUACAGAUGCCAUGCCACCUCAUCUCCUUGCUGCUGCAGCUGCUUCCUCAACGUCGAAUCUCUCAUCUAGCAACGCUUCGUCGAACAGUAGUCUUGCAACCAACUUAGACGCUCCGGGUGCAGUAGGAGGCAUGGGUAUCAGCCAGGCAGGCGACGGCUGCAUUGACCGAGGUGGAUGCGAGGGCGAGCGGACGUCUAUAGAAAAUCUCAGCAUCAGUUCGUUCUUGAGCAGUUUGAGCUUAGAUCAGUUGAGGGAAAUCUUCGAGAAGGAACAAAUCACCAUGGAUAUUCUGAUCGAGAUGGGCCAUGAUGAGCUGAAGGACAUCGGGAUCAAUGCCUAUGGUCACCGGCAUAAGAUACUUAAGGCCGUCGAGAAGCUGAUGACAUCACAUGGUGGUCCAUCAUUCUUCUACGCCCAGCCAGGCCAGGGUACACUCCUUUUAGAUUUGGCUCACGAAGAUCAAGAAUAUAUCACAGUAGAAGAACAGAUGCAGAGCUCUAUAAGAGAACAUAAAGACUGCGCUGGUGGUAUCUUCAAUCGUUACAACAUUAUCAAAAUCCAGAAAGUCCGUAACAAACGGUUGUGGGAACGCUAUGGCCACCGUCGUAAGGAAGUGGGUGAAGAAAACCACAGCCAUGACAAUGAGCGCUUUCUGUUUCACGGAUCACCGUUUAUUAAUGCGAUCGUUCAUAAGGGCUUUGACGAGAGACACGCCUACAUUGGUGGAAUGUUUGGAGCUGGAAUCUACUUCGCCGAGAACUCAAGUAAGAGUAACCAGUACGUGUAUGGAAUAGGAGGUGGUACGGGAUGCCCGGUGCAUAAAGAUAGAUCGUGCUACAUUUGCCACAGACAACUAGUGAUGUGUCGUGUGACUUUGGGCAAGUCAUUUUUACAGUUCAGUGCUAUGAAGAUGGCCCACUCUCCACCGGGACAUCACUCUGUGAUUGGUCGGCCUAGUGUCGGAGGGUUAACGUUUGCCGAAUAUGUGAUCUAUAGAGGGGAACAGGCGUAUCCUGAGUACCUUAUAACCUACCAAAUCGUAAAACCGGAAGAGGGCCAGGACGGAGCCAAGAGCACGUAACUAAGUUGCGAUUCGUCACGGAGAGAAGACAUCACACGAUACACGAGACUUUGUUCGCACAUUCACCAGGUGGUGACCAUCGGUUACGUCAAGAACGCCAGCAGGGAACUACAACUUAGGGGCUAUAGCAAAAUUAAAGUGAAGCCAAAAGAAAUGAAAAAUUUUCAUUUGGGGAGGGGGUCAGGGGGUUAUUACGUUAUUUUUCCAAAAAGAGCCUCAACCCCCCCAAAUUUCUUUAGGAGUACAUAUUUAUGACCUUUCCUAAAGCUUUUUCUGGCCCUCAAAAUGCCCAAAUCUGCUCCUAAAUGCCCGGUAGCCUCCUACUUGUCCUUGGUAGCCUGUUACUACCAGAACGUUUUAACCACUUGUUCUCAAGCAGAUUAGGAUCCAGCCUUGAAGUAUGUCCCAAAGUGCCUAAAGUCAAAGGAGGUGCAGCACAAGGAUAUGAAAGUGAAGCCAAAAAUCAUAAUUACUUGGUUUCUGAGGGGGAGGGGGUUGGAGGAGAAACUAAAAUAUUUCGUUUCUAUUGGCUUCACUUUAAUUUUGAUACAGCCCCUUAGGAAUGUAGGCAAUGUAUUACAAAGCUACUCUAUUGAAGAGACAUAGGACUUUUUGCUGCCUCCAAUCAUAAUACUUAUUCAUCUGUGAAAAUUUCAUGACUAUGUCUCUUGAAGAAAGGGAUCAAAUCCACCGAGAAAGAAAUUCCAUUUGUAAAAAUAAUGUGUAGAGGAAUUUUGCGGCCGUGGCGGAGUCUCACGAUGAUCAAAGCUGGUCUGACAUAACCGAUGUAAACCUGCACUAGGACAUGGCGUUAUUUUUUGUGGCGUAAGAAUACAGAAAUGAGGAAUCGAAAAAGGGGGUGCUGUGAACUUUUGUUCUGUCUCGGGACAAGUACAGGCAUGUUCUGUACAAGAAAAAAGACUACAGAUGAUGUAAAACAAUGAUGUUACAUCAUUUUGUUACUAGUGAGAAUUUUGUGGGACCAUUGGAAUUUUGGAGUUCUUUGGAAUUCUUGAAGAAAGAAUCAAUUUUUGGAUCUUUUUGUAUAAAUCGUGGGUCAUUUUAUUUGCGUGUGUUGGUGUGAACUGUGUUGGGGAGAUGUUUUGUUUACUUUGGAGGACAUUGUAAUUGUGUUCAGUAGUACAGUAAAUCCGUUGGGUCAUGGGAAGUGCAGUGGCUCAGUGGAGUAGUACAGUAAAUCCCUUGGGUCAUGGGAAGUGCAGUGGCUCAGUGGAGUAGUACAGUAAAUUCCUUUUGGUCAUGGGAAGUGCAGUGGCUCAUUGGAGUAGUACAGUAAAUCCCUUGGGUCAUGGGAAGUGCAGUGGCUCAGUGGAGUAGUACAGUAAAUCCUUUGGGUCAUGGGAAGUGCAGUGGCUCAGUGGAGUAGUACAGUAAAUCCCUUGGGUCAUGGGAAGCGCAGUGGCUCAGUGGAGUAGUACAGUAAAUCCUUUGGGUCAUGGGAAGUGCGGUGGCUCAGUGGAGUAGUACAGUAAAUCCCUUGGGUCAUGGGAAGUGCAGUGGCUCAGUGGAGUAGUACAGUAAAUCCCUUUGGUCAUGGGAAGUGCAGUGGCUCAGUGGAGCAGUACAGUAAAUCCCUUGGGUCAUGGGAAGUGUGGUGGAGUAGUGCAGUAAAUCCCAGCAAUUGCCACAUGGUAUUUUACUGGCUUGAAAUGGCCAGGUGUGCAGUACAUGUACAAGCAGUGUACAUUUGGGUAAAUGGGGAAAAAAUUAUUUGAAUUGGUUUUAACAUGAUCAAUGGCUUAUUUUGUUUGCACAGUGCAUAAAAUGCACUUGGGAAAAAUACGAUGUAAUAAUUUUAUUUAUUGUAAAUUUUGUUUGUAUACAUAACCCUGUAAGCAGACAAAGCCAUCAUCUAGCGAUUUGAAUCCGGAAGUACUGGUAUGCUGACAUCACUGUGUUCCCAAAUAAUUGAUCUGUCUGCUGCCGCCAUGAGGCUUUCUGAGAUGACCCAUGUCCAAAGAGUCUGUCAGAGUCUGUGUCUGGUUGGUCGUUAUUAUUAGGUACACUCAGUAUGUGCAGGCUGCCAGACCAAGAGAUUUUGCUAGUGUUAGAUAUUUUUAAGAUACUGCCUUUAUAGCCAUCCAUUACACCCUGGAGAAUGAGUUCCCCAGAUUGCCGAGCAUCUUAUGAGCCUUCCAACUUUCCGAGCAGACUGCCCUGCAUAGUGCUUCUUGAGGCCUGGGAGAAUGGCUGCCUCACAAGAAAAACAUCCAAAAUGUGCACUCCUUGGUAAUUGAAGAAAAAAAAACUGUUUCCAUCUGGUGACAUGGACAAUAUGUCAUCAUAUGCACUAAAUUUCGAGGUAAAUAAACCGGGUUACUCUGUGGUGCAUGCACAAAAUCAAUCCAUGCAUAAUUCACAGUUCGUUCGCUUUCCAUAGGACAAACCAGCAGUGCAUUUUUCUCUAUAUUUGAUGCAAAUCAUGCUUUAAGAACCUUAUUACCAGAUAAACACAACAAUAUUUCAUUGAAAGACCAAACAACACAUUUUUUCUAACUUGAUUAAAAAAUAAAUUGACCUUUCCCAGGACAGGCAAGCUCGGCAAACGGGAAGGCCUGAUGAGAUGCUCGGCAGUGUGGGGAAUUGAUUCUCCAGGAUGGAUUAAUUGCUGGGCUUAUGAUCAGCUUCUUGUAUGACUGAUCACUUGUGACUGUGAAGUGCCAGUGGUGCUUAUUUUGGCUCCAGCAUACAUGUAUAUCGGCUUCUCUGUGUCCUAAUUAGUGGUUUUGCAUGGCUUUAAAAUACACUAGCUGGAGCAUACCCAUGAUGUGCAGACGGUCAAUAGCGUUUACCAGACCAAUGGGAUUUGUAGAAAUUCAUGAAAUUGAAUUGGCAACCACAAUCUUGAUGUAAUUUUCACAAUUCAGGGUUGGAAUAAAAGAAAAUUGGUGAGGGGCAUAGUGAAAUUGUGGGACACCCUUGUAUAUUGUUUCUGUACACUUUUGGCAAUUCUUUUUAGAGCCUAAUGAUUUUUAAUGAAAUGCUGGAUUUCUGGGUAGGUCAUUCUGAUGUAAUACAGCGGACGAAAUUUCAAAUUUGGUAUUUUGGCUCCGAAGGGUUAGACAGUCUGCAAAUCUUUGUACCAGUGCUGCUAUAACAAUUGUUGUAAAUAAAUGUAUCUCUUAACCUAGAUAUUAGAAAUGGAUGGUUAACAUAUGAAUAAACCAUUUCAGUGAUGUAAA